AUGAGGACUUUUGGAAUAGUACUAAUGGAGACAUGGCUGGAGCGGAAAGGGUGGGAGAAGAUAGAAGGAGGACUGCCAAAAGGGUAUAGAUGGGAAGCUCAGCUGGCAGAAAGGAAAAAUAAAAAAGGAAGGGCAAUGGGAGGAAUGCUAAUGGGGGUGAGAGAGAACCUGAUGGAGAAGGAAGGAAGGAUAAUAAAUGAAGAGGAGAAGAGGGGAAUAAUGACAGCGGAAUUCAGGAGAGGGGAAGAAAAGUGGAGAAUAAUAGGGGUAUACGUGAACACGGAUAUUGAGGAGAAAAUGAAGGAGAUCAGGGCAAGAAUGGAAGACAUAGAAGAGGAAAGAACAACAAUAAUAGGAAGGGACUUCAACGCGAGAACAGGGGAGGAAGGAGGGGGAGGAAAGGAGAUAUGGGGAGAAGAAGAAGAGGGGGGAAGAAAAUCAAAAGACAAAAAACGAAAUGCGGAGGGAAGAGUGCUGCUGGAGGCGUUGAGGGAGACAGGCUGGGAGAUAAUGAACGGGAACAUCAGGAGAGACGAAGAAGGGGAAUUCACGUAUACGGGAGCAAGGGGGAAUACAGUGAUAGACUACGUGAUAGCGGAAGAGCAGGGUAAGGAGAGGAUGAAAAGAAUGGGGAUAGGGGACAAGAUUGACUCGGACCACCACCCAAUCAUACUGAAAAUGGAAGGUUGGGGGGUGGGGAAGGAAGAAGAAAAGGAAAGAAAGAAACCAGUGGCGAGAGGAAACUGGUCACAGCAAGGAAGAGAAAACUUCAAAAAGGAAAUCAACUGGAAGGAGAGAAGGAGGGGAAACCUGGAAGAGGAUAUGGAGUCAAUGAUGGUAGAGUUCAGAAAGGGACUGGAAAGAGGAAAGGAGAACAAUAAAACGCAGGUGAGGAAAGGAUGGUGGGACGAAGAGAGCAUGAGGAGGAAAAAAGAAGUGAGGAAGGCGCUAAGAGACUGGAGAAAAGGAAGGAUAGGGGGGGAGAAAUACAGGGAGGCCAAAAGGGAGUACAAUAGAGUGUGUGAAGCAAAGAAGGAAAAGGUAAAGAAGGCAUUCGAAAAAGAAGCGAGGGGGGCAAAAACAGAAGGAGACGUGUGGAGAAUAAUAAAUAGGGAGAGGAAAAGUAGAGGGAGGGCGAAAACGGGCAUAAAAGAGGAGGAGUGGAGAAAACACUUCGUCAAUCUGCUGGGCGGAUCAGAGGAGAAAGUAGUGAUGGGGGGAGAAAGGGACAUGGAAGGAGAUGAGGAAGCGGACAUAAGUAAAGAGGAGAUAAGGAAAGCGAUAGCGAAGAUGAAGGACGGGAAAGCGACAGGAGGGGAUGGAAUACCUAAUGAGGUAUGGAAAUACGGAGGCGAAGAGGUGCUAGAUUGGGCCUGGGAGAUAUGUAACAGAAUAUGGAGAGGAGAGGGAUGGCCGGACGGUUGGAAGGAAGGGAUAAUAGCACCAAUAAAGAAAAAAGGGGAUGGGACAAGGGCAACGGAUUACAGAGGGGUGACACUAAUGCCCACGCUGUAUAAGGUAUACGCGACGGUCCUGACGGAAAGGCUAAGGGAGGAGGUGGUGGAAAAGGGAAUGAUACCGGCAAAUCAGACAGGAUUCAGGAGAGGGAUGGGAACGACGGACAAUAUAUACGUGUUAAAUUAUCUGGUGAACAAGCAGAUAAAGAGGGAGAGGGGAUAA